CUAGUCUGCAAGACUUCUCACACGCGCGAACAGAGAAUUCCAGCAUCCCCUCCCUGCCCGCCUUGCGAGCGAAGAAAGGUCUUGGGCUCUUUGUUCCCAGAACCCGGGCACCGCCACAGAUCGCGUUCGGCUAAAGACAAGCUCUCGUCGGCCUUACCAGAACAGGCGAAGAGCAGCGCCCGGCGCGCGACAGAUCUUCCCCUAGAGGGCGUCAACACCAUCAUGAGCCACGAGGCUGCUUCGCGGGUCCGCUUUGCCAACGACAACGCACUGUUGCCCGACAACACGCCCGUCGACAUGAGCAAGCCGGUCGUGGUCAACGCCCCGCUGGCCCUCGACUCGUCCGGCUCCUCUGGCGACGAGGGCGCGCAGCAGAACCUGGGCUCGCUCCACGAAGAAGGCCAGUUCGAGUUCGCACCGCCCGUCGCCACCCCGCUCGACGAUGUGCCCCCGCUCGCAGGCUCCCAGGGCUACGGAUGGGCGACCUCGAGUCGCCGUGGCAUCAUGACCCCCGGCGAGCACCCGCAGCCUCUCCAGACCAACGGCGCCACCAAGGCGACCCGCCCGUCCGCCACGAGGACACCCAGCAAUGCCUACACGCCCUCGCAUGCCCGCAGACCUCAGCAGUUCUCGCUCAACACCACGACCAGCCACCGUACCCGCACCUCGUCAGCGAACCGCACCCGCCGCAACCCCAACGCCGAGUACCGCGCCCAGGAAAAGGCAUAUGUGCAGCGCAUCCGGCAGGAGAACGAGCAGGAGGAGUUCUUCGACGUGCGCACCCCUAGCCUGGGUUACAGCACAGACACAGACUCGGACGAAGAGUCGCCUUCCACCGCCGACUACGCCGACAAUGAUCCCUACGACCAGGAGACGCUGUUGUACUACGGCAACGAGGACAUGCAGCCCUCCGUGGAGGAACUCAAGAUCCCCGCCAACCGCGAGCGCCUGGAGUGGCAUUCGAUGCUCGCCAACGUGCUGACGGGUGAUGUGGUCAAGCAGGAGAAGAAGAGGCUGAUUGGAAGCACCGAGCAGCAGGCCGACAGCACGCUAAAGGCUGAGAUAUGGAUGGGUGUACGUGCCAAGGUCUGUGGACGAACGUUGCCCGCACAGAGACGGCUCGUCGAUGACAAGAGAUCCAACAUUCGGAACGACCUGGAGAGCAUCAUCACCUUCGAGGUCCAGGGUGCUGCAGAGGCUGGUCAGACGCCCGCUGCACAGGUUGACGAGGUGAUGAAGAAGAUUGAGCUCGUCGAAAGUCUCUAUCCUACGCGCCAGACCUUGGAACAGGCCUACCCUCGAGCAGCGUCCCAGGCGUACAAAGACGCAUGCGACGCCGUCUUUGCAUGGAACAACACUACCGAGCUCAUCAACAUCGAGAUGUCUAUUCUGAAGAAGUGGGUGGGCAAUGACGAGCUAGACUUCUCAAAACCACGAGCGCGGAACCCAAACGAUCACCAUCUGACUGAUGAAUCCUCUUUCAUCGACCGCAUUCUCAAGGAAGAUGGUCUCAAGUCUCUGCAGGGAGAUGCAAGUCUUCUUGUUGCGCUGGAGAGGGUCAUUCACAAAGCCAAGGGUACCCUCAUUGCUAAUGCUGAGGGCUUUGCCGAGCGACAUCUUCCGCCGUACAUCGAGGAAUUGCUUACGUUGAUCAACUUCCCGUCUCGCCUCCUUCAGGAGAUUAUUCGUGUUCGGCUAUCAUACGCAAAGAAAAUCAAGGAUCCCUCGCAGCAAGGUGUCAUGUUGGCUGAGCAGAUGAUAUCGCAAUUUCAGAUCUUGCUGACCCUCGCUGGUAAGAUCAAGGACAGCUAUCUCAUAAUAUCGCGACCCGAACCUGGAUGGGAUCUGCCCCCAUGCAUCGAAGAAAACUUCGAUAACGUGGUUUUGGAAGCCCUGAAAUUCUACUUCAGGAUGCUGAACUCCAAGCUGUCCGCUAACAAAAACACUUUCAAAGAGGCGGAAAUUCUCGAGCAAGAGUGGGACUUCUCCAACAAGCUAGGCAGACAGCUCGAGGGCGGCGAUGUGGAGACAGCAGAGCAGUUCAGUUCCCUGACCUCCAAGUCUCUGACCCGCUUGACAGCGCAUUUUGAAAGAGAACUGCAACGCAGGCCGGAAGAGGUCACCGGUGCUGAAAUGGAGAAACGUUAUAAGCAGAUCCUAGAUUCCGUCCGUGUUCGUCAGCGAAAGCUGUUCCGAUUCUCCAGGAUACUGACUCAGCGCUUUGAGAAUUGUACCGAGUACAACAUAAAUCAUAUCGAUCUAGACCAGGAACAAUUGAACGACCUCUAUGAGUCUCUCACAAUGACUGGUCAUUUUCUUGUAGAAACUUCCGGUGGUGGCAAUACUGGCGUCUGUAUCAUCGCCUCGCCCGCAUUGCUGGACCGACCAAAGGAUAUUCAAUCGCUUCUCACCACCUGUUACCAUGCUGAAGAGAACCCGGAAGACCCAUCGAAUCCAUACGUACUGAUUAUUCGACCCGAAGAACCACUCUACUGGAUGGGCAACAAGAUGAGCGCCAACAUACGGGAGCCUCAUCUUGACGUGAAACCGGGCAGACUCCGGCUGGUUGCGGAUGGAUCACAGCAACGUCUGGCUAACGCUAACGCAUCCUUCCUCCAGUCCAUCGCACUGGACCUCAAUACCUUGAUUGACCAGAGAGCCAACCUGCCACGCGUCAAUCAGGAACUGCAGAAGAUAAAGAAGACUGCAUACAAGCUGUCCAACACUAUCAUGGACAGUGUUGAGAUUGUCCGAAAGCAGACGGCUGGCCUUGACUGCCAGGACUUGAUCCAGACAUGUUUCGCUUUUGCAACCGAAUUCGGUCAACGUUCCCUGCUGUACAUGGAUUACAAUCGACGGGCCAUGAACAACAUCAAACUGACGAGAUUGGCCCUUGACUGGGUUAGCUUCAUAUGCGAUGACUGUAUAGCUUCAGACCGCAAAACCUUCCGUUGGGCUGUCGUUGCCCUCGAAUUCGCCAUGAUGAUGACCAGGGGGCAAAAUAUACUCUCCAUCAGUGAUGAAGAAUAUUCUAAACUACGCCUCAAGGUUGCUGGAUGUAUGUCGGUCCUCAUCUCACAUUUCGAUAUCAUGGGCGCCAGAUCGACCAUUGCUGCUCAAGCAGAGAAACAGCGACAGAACGCCCUCGCUGGCAAGUCUCUAUGGGAUCCAAAGAGCAUGAAGGACGACGAGGAAUCAAUAAGAUUGACCCAAGACCGGUGGACGCAAAUGCUGGAAGAAAUCGAUGCGAUUCGUAAAGAAAAGGAAGCCGAACGCCAGGCUCUAGGAAGGGUCUUGGAGGAUUCGAACGAGGCUGACCGAGCACUCACGUUCCUCUCUUCGUCGGCCACCAAUGUCACUCUGCGAUGGCAACAAGGGCAGUUUGUUGGUGGUGGUACAUUCGGAUCGGUCUAUGCUGCCAUGAACCUUGAUUCGGGACAUUUGAUGGCUGUGAAAGAGAUUCGUCUACAGGAUCCUCAGCUCAUUCCGACUAUUGUUGCCCAGAUCAGAGAUGAGAUGGGUGUGCUACAAGUUUUGGACCAUCCGAACAUUGUCUCGUACUACGGUAUCGAGCCGCAUCGCGACAAGGUCUACAUCUUCAUGGAGUACUGUUCUGGUGGCUCACUGUCCGGCUUGCUGGAACACGGGAGAAUUGAAGAUGAGACGGUUAUCCAGGUCUAUGCUCUGCAGAUGUUGGAAGGCCUUGCGUAUCUCCACGACGCUAGUGUCGUGCACCGCGACAUCAAGCCUGAAAACAUUCUGCUGGACCACAAUGGUGUCAUCAAGUUUGUUGAUUUCGGUGCCGCCAAAGUCAUCGCGAGACAAGGCCGGACUCUCGCUGCUGAUACCCGACAAGGGCGACAAAGAUCGAUGACCGGAACGCCCAUGUACAUGUCACCAGAAGUGAUUCGGGGUACCAACCUCGGCCGUCACGGAGCAGUCGAUAUUUGGUCACUCGGCUGUGUUGUCUUGGAAAUGGCCACCGGACGUCGACCGUGGGCGAACAUGGACAACGAAUGGGCCAUUAUGUAUCAUAUUGCCCAAGGCGACCCACCUCAACUGCCUACCACCGACUUGCUCAGCGAAGCAGGCAUCGACUUCUUGAAGCGUUGCUUCGAACGCGACCCUUCGCAACGUGCCUCUGCCGUAGAGCUGCUGCAGCACGAUUGGAUUAUGAGUCUGCGCGCGCAGCUGUCGCUCGAGCCACAGACGCCUAGCAGCGAAUCGAGUUCUGGUCCAGGUAGUGCUACCACUACGCGGCAGAAUUCUGGCCUCUAUUCAUAGUCACAACGCACUUCACUUGCCUCCAGCCGUCGGGUGCUGACUUGCUCUUUUUCCAUCUAGGAUUCCGUUGUUUUCCUUCCUUCAGCCCUUUCUCUCCACCUCACCCCGAGGGACCUUGCUGUACUCGCCGUUCUCUUUCCGUCUCCGAUCCCUAAGAUUGAUCUUGUCCUUAUCUCUAGAUACUUGUUGACGCGGUGUGCUCCUGCCGGGCUCGACCGGAGCAUAGUAACGCGUUGAUGUGAUUGCAUUGGGAUGAGCGACGUAGCGCCUUGCAUUAGCGAUGGAGUUUUUUGGCUUUACUUUGAUCAAUGGCGAUUGGUCCGUAUGACCACAUUGUAGUAUCUAAUUUUCCGUGCCUCGUCUUCACAGGCAGGUGAAUAGCAACAAUUCGGCUCCCUUGUUGGGUGGCCUGUACAUGCCC